GGAACCUUUCUGUCGCACACUGUAACUGGCUCGCAAUUACAGCAUUCUCUCAUUACAUUAGUACCAAGGUUCCAGAGGUCCGUUUUAGCGUAAUAAGGGUAAUUUCGAAACCGUAUAAAAGUGCCCCAAUAGGGUCAUCGGGCACAGUUCGAUUCUAGGUGUCAUCCGUUGUGCUUCGAUUACAAUCAUGUAUUUAUUCCACCUCACACUCCUGGCGCUCGUCGCCCUCAGUUCCACCGCCCAGCUGCCAUCCCGGAGCUACCUUCCGUCCCAAAGCCAAAGCCAGGGCAGCUUCCAGAGCCAGGGCAGCUUCGGUAACUUCCAGAGUUCCUCUGGAGGCACUGGGAACACACGCCCGCAGCAUGCGGCUGAAAAAAAUGCUGACAUCUUGAAACAGGAUACGGAAGUUGGCGAAUCUGGUUUCCACUACAGCUUUGAGACCUCCAACGGCAUCAGGGCUGAAGAAUCCAACAAUGCUGGCCAAUCCCAAGGCGGCUACUCGUACAAAGGGGACGAUGGCAUCACCUACACCAUCACGUACACGGCCGGAGAGGGGGGCUACAAGCCCCAGGGGGCGCACUUACCCGUGGCUCCCCCCACCCCUGAGGCUAUACUGUUGGCCCUUCAGCAGAACGCUAAGGAUGAGGCUGCUGGCAUUUUUGACGACGGAAAAUACGACGCAGCGAAGCAUGGCGGUGGAAUGAGCUCCAGCUCCUCAGGGUCAGGGUUCAGCUCCUCCUACCAGUCAUCAUCAUCAUCAUCUAGCUUUGGAUCCACCAGCCACCAGUCCAGUUUCAACCCUAACACUGGAUACAGAUAUUGA